CAUGACAUAGCAAACGGGAUAGCUGAGUGGAGUCCACUUAUUGCAUAUGCGUGUUGUAUUGAACAGUCUUUAGUGAUGCCGAAUGGUUUGCACCUCACCACAUAUGCAGUAUGGGACAUGGGUUGCAACAGCAGCAAGUCGGCGACGGUGGUUGAUUCUGCAGACAAGCCACAUCCUCCUGCACAUGAAAAGGCCACCAAAGGGAAGAAUCCUGACGACAAAGCGGUCCAUACAGAUGGAGCUGCGAAAGCGCAGGAUGACCACGAUCAGAAGCCGGACAACCCAAGCGAAAAACAAAAAGAAGAAGGGGAGAAGGAGAAAGACAUUCCACCACAGGAGGCCCAGGACAGCAAGGAAGAAACACCCAGAAGCAAGGGUGAUUAGAAGAGACAGACGGCUACAUGACACACAGCCAAUGCCUGGACAAUACAUCUCUCUCCAUGCUUUAUCAGAAACAUUCCCUGUUUACUACCUACUUUUUGACACAUUUAAGGAGUCACAUCUCCAACAAUAUCAUUUAACUGAAUAAAAAAUCCCGGAUAUUUAUUUUUGAUGUUUACUGUUUCGGUAAUGGUAUAUGUUAACAGGUAACAGAUGUCAGGCAUAAUUCACAUAUUGGAAGGGUGUAUCUGUAGACCAUUCGGACCUGAACUAUGAUUGAUCUGAUUUAAUUAUAUUAACAUUAAUUUGGGCUUGUGUAAGAUAGACCCUCUUGUGUAAACAGUAUAAAAUGUAAAAUUAUAGUUGCCAGCUGAUUUGGUGGGUGUCUAAGACUUUUUUUUACGAAAUAAGCCUCUAUAUUGAUAACAUGAUAGUCAGAUCAAUUAUAUUUACUUAAAGCUUGUGAUGGGCAAUGAAAUUGGUAUUUCUAUAAAAAUUUUUAUCAUAAUAGGCAUUUAAUUCCAGUAAUUAUAUAUAUUAUUUUAAUAAUACUCAUUUUGUUUAAUAAAAAUAUUAAUUAUGGUGGCUGAACUGAAAAGGUUUUAAUAUUUUAAAUGUCGUAUAACACAAUUUAAUACUUUAUGUACUGAAAAAAUACAAUAAAAAUAUGGGCACUAUUUAGUGUGGCGGAAUACAAAUAUACUUUUUUGUUUACUAUUUUGUUUACUAUAUAUUAGAAUGUAUGAUGCACAUAUUUAGGCUUCAUAAAAAUGUUUUCACUUUAUCGUAGAAGUAAAAUCUUGCAAGUUUAUGUCUUCAAUAAUGCAUUUAAUAAAUGUUGUACCAUGGGGAGUCAUUAUAAUAUGUAAUUAUAAAGGUUAACAACAGGCAGCAGAGUACAUCGUAAUUAUGUUUUCAUAUACAUUAAAAUUCUUUCGUGACGUAGAUAAUGGCUAAAAUACGAUUUUAUAGCGCGCUCUGUCAAUCCAGCCACUGAAUGGAUGCGUUUCCCAUGCUGUCGGUCAUGGGAAUUGUUUGACCAAACUUUACUGUGUUGAUGACAACGGGAUGGUAAAGAGUGUGGGACAAGAACCUGUUUAGAAAUAUAUCGCCCUCCGCUGACAUUCGCCAUGACCAGGAAUCAAACUCAAGUUAUUUUGGUUCGUCGCGAAGUACGCUAACCAGUGCACCACCACUCCACUCAAGAGAUAUGUGGCAAUGCAAUAAUGCCAAAUAACACAAUGUAAAAUCUAAUACAGUGCAGUCAAUACUGUAUAUUGCAGUAUUAUUUCUACGCCCAAAUAUGGAAAAUCUGCAAAAAAAACCACGUACUGUAAUCCAAAGUAUAGUAAUACCCGAUUUAAGUCUACCCCAUGUUUACAUCGUUUUAUUAAUACCGUUACCAUGAUUUGCGUCGCCUCAACCCACACUUACGUUGCUGACAGAUAGCAUCGUUAGUUAUUUCCCGUAUCCGUCACCUUCGCCUCCACCUGCCCUGUAAAAAAAUGUUGAACUUAUCCGCAACAUAAACAGGGGGGUUUGAUGUGCAUGUAAUAUGUUUGGAUAUUUUUAAGCACACAAUUAUAUGGGCAAACCCCUGGUAAUGUUUGACUACGCGCGUGGCACGAAGCAUGUUGCUGUACGCCAGUCAAUUGCAGUGAGUCAGAAGCAUUGCAAAGUUUAGCGUUGUGUGUUACUUGAGCAACAAUUAUUGAAUUACAUUUACGCUGGAUGUGUAUACAAUACCGUGCCGCUUGCAAAACACAACCCACACAUUUGUAUUGCCCGCAACCACAAAUAGCCCGAGCAGCUUGUUGAAACAAAAAUUAAAUGCAACUGUUGCACGAUGAAAUUAAGAUCUGCGUUAAAUAAUAUUAAAUUUUCUCUCGAAAAUAUGUUUUCCAGACAUUGUUUUUUCAUUCAGUGGAUAUGAAGUUUAUUUGCAUGCGUAUAUGUGAUAUAUUUUGGGUAGUAUUUGCAUCAUUGCUGUGCAGUAACUGUAAUUGGUGCUGUUGAUAUAUUGCUAAACACACUUUUAAACGUCGUGGAAGUCACCACAUGCUAAUGAUACAUAUCAUGACUAACCACGUAAAUAGUUACACGGCAUAAGGCCUAAUUUGAACAACGCAACAUUUUCCGGAAUGUAUGACGAGCGGGGGAAAAUAACUCGGAUUUGUUUUGUAAAAUUGCAAAUAAAAAUUACAAAACACUAUAAAAGUAACGCAAUGUUUUUCAUACAUGUAAUAAACUACGAAAGACUUUGCUCUGCAAGCAACGUCAA